UGUAGAAAAUGGCUGCGCUCUCCGCUACCCCAGGUCGGCGCGGAUGUAAAUACGGCCUGUGGAUCGGCUUGGGAGUGUUUAUCGCGAGACUCGUUGGUGCAUUGGGAAUCACCUGCUAUUGUGAAGGACAUUGUCCAGACGAUCGACAGAAUGGAACUUGCGAAGGAAGGCCUGGUGGACAUUGUUUCAGUGCAGUCGAAGAAGUUUGGGAUGCAGAAGCUGGAGAAUAUGUGCCCGAAUGGUCAUUUGGUUGUUUACCACCAGAUGAACAAGGAUUCAUGCAAUGCAAAGGAUACCUUGUGCCACACUUACAAGGGAAGAGCAUAAUAUGUUGUAACAAGAGUGCACUCUGCAACAAAGACUUAUUUCCUGAAUAUAAACCUAGACCUACAGCAGCUCCCAAUCCUAUGGCCAUAGCGUCAGGUGCACCCCUUAUCAUAUUGGCUACCGUGUUGUCUGUAUGUUUAAUGGUAAUUUCGAUAGCUAUGGUGAUCAUAUACCACAGAUACAGAAGAAAAGAGAGAGGCCCUUGCCUAGUGCCUUCCCAGGGUACCCUUAAAGACUUUAUCGAUCAGAGUAGUGGUUCUGGAUCAGGGUUACCCCUCUUAGUGCAAAGAACUAUUGCUAAACAGUUGGCCUUAUCUCAGUGCGUUGGGAAAGGAAGAUACGGUGAAGUAUGGUUAGCAAGAUGGAGAGGAGAGAGGGUGGCUGUAAAAGUGUUUUUCACACUGGAGGAAGCAUCUUGGUUCAGGGAGACUGAGAUUUACCAGACAGUGUUGAUGAGACACGACAACAUUUUAGGAUUUAUCGCGGCCGAUAUCAAAGGAACAGGAUCUUGGACACAGAUGUUAUUGAUCACAGAUUAUCACGAAAGAGGAUCGUUGCACGACUAUUUGCAAACUGCUGUCCUAGAUCAUCCUAGUCUAUUAGCUAUUUGUCUUUCGAUCGCGUCUGGAAUUGCUCACCUCCAUACGGAAAUCUUUGGCACGCGUGGAAAGCCCGCGAUAGCGCACAGAGACAUCAAAAGUAGGAAUAUUUUAGUAAAAAGAAAUGGUGAAUGUGCAAUCGCCGAUUUCGGCCUGGCAGUAAGAUACAUAAGCGAAAGCGGAGAAAUUGAUAUUGCUCCUAACACACGAGUGGGUACUCGCCGAUACAUGGCCCCAGAAGUCUUAGAUGAAACGUUAAAUACAUCUUCAUUCGAUGCCUUUAAAAUGGCAGACAUGUAUUCCGUGGGUCUUGUGCUCUGGGAAGCGUGUAGAAGAUGUGUGACGGGCGGUAGAAAUUCUAUGGUGGAACCGUAUGCUUUGCCUUAUCAUGACGUUGUUCCGAGUGAUCCAGACUUUGAAGAUAUGCGUCUAGCAGUGUGCGCGAAACGGUUACGUCCGUUAAUACCAGCACGAUGGGAGAAUGAUCCGAUCCUGUUUGCUCUCAGUAAACUUAUGGCCGAGUGUUGGCACGCGAAUCCUGCCGUUCGAUUAACAGCGUUACGUGUAAAAAAGACAAUGUCAAAACUGCAUAUUGAUAAUGCCAUCAAAAUCGUGUAGUGUUUGACGAUUUUUCACGAAACUGUUAUUUCAUUUUUCAUAGUUAAAAAAAGAAAGAAUCCUCCCACUGUAAAUACAACCCCGGUGUACAUAGGUUUAUUAACAGACUGCAAGCCUGAAGACUGAGUACUAAGAUUUACAAAUAAUUGAAAAGCGUAUGACUGUGGGAAUUCGUAUGAUUAAUGGGUGAUUAAUAAAUAAGCGAGUCACGAACGUAAUUAUGAAUGAAUCCAUGUUGUGUAUGUAUAUUUUUUGUUUUUUAUGUGAAACGCGACAAAACGCGAUAUGCGUUAAUGUGUUUUGACGUGCUUCACUGUGUUGAAGUUUGUUGAGUAUAUAAUCAGUGAUGGCGACUACUUAGAAAAGAUACUAUUGUUUGAAAAAAAGAAACAACAACUAUCCUACGUUCUAGACGCACGUGAGCUUAAAAAGAGACAUUAAAGUAAAUUUAGCAGACUGUAAAGGAUGUUUCGAGAAGAGUGAAUGUCACUUUAAUAAUAGCAUUUAUUAAGCCUAUAAUAAUAUUACGAGAUUUUGAUAUUCAUUCACAUUAAAGUCCCGUUGUUCCAAAAACAAUGCUGAUUUACAUUUAUAUGUCUCCAAAAUGUUUAUCGUCAGAACUUACGAUAUCUUAGUCUGCACAUUAUUUGAGUUACGAAACA